AUGUAUUCUCUGCAAUACAGUCAAAAUUUAGAACAGAAGCUCUUUCCGUGGUGGAUACAUAGAGAAUCGAUCAACACAUUGAAAUCCUUAUCACAUCGAAACGAUUCGAAGGGAAUCGUGAUUUGUAUUGGGAAUGGGCACACUCGCCUGGCAUUAGUCGCUUUAGAAGCUCUUCAGUUAAUUGGAAACAAACUUCCUAUCGAAGUGAUGUUCUCCACUUCCAAUGACCUCUCACCAAGUAAUCAAAGACUGUUGGCAUUGCGAUUUCCAGAAAUUCAACUUGCGGAUCUAUCGAGAAUUUUUAACGAUAGCUACUUGAAAUUACGAGAUUGGGAAAUCAAACCGGUUUCAGUAUUGGCAUCACGAUUUCAACACGUUCUUUUAAUGGAUGCUAAUGUUUUGUUUCUGGAAAACCCGACACUUCUCUUUGAAAAUGACUUGUAUCUUCGCACUGGUUCUCUAUUUUUCUACGAUAGACCAGUUUUGUUGCAGAACGUUCGCCAAUGGAUUCGUAGUCUGCCGAUACACCAAACUGGUACUAUUCCUCGUCGAACACAAGAGUCCGGUGUUGUUCUUAUUGAUAAAGGCCGAGUUCUCCUGGGUCUCUUGAGCACAUGCAAACUGAAUGAGCAUGAACAGCGUGAACGAGCCACUUAUAAAUAUCUUCAUGGCGAUAAAGAUGCAUGGUGGCUCGGCUUUCAUCUUGUCGGUAUGGCUUAUUCGUUCAUGCCAACUUUCCCAGCUGCGAUAGGACAGAUUCAACACCGAAAGGUAUGCGGACACAUAUUGCACUUUGAUCAAAAUUAUCAGCCCAUCUGGUGGAACGGUGGAAUGUUUAAAAAUCGUUAUAGGAAUACGUAUGACAUUCUCUCGAUUGAAGGUUGGUUAGAAGAAGGUAGAUGGAUCCUUGAUACCAUUUCGUGUUUAAUCAACAAUCGAAAAAAAGCGAGAUCAUUCAAUCAGCAUCAAGGAUAUCUAAUUGAUAGUUACAUGCAAAUCACCAAACACAUAUUCAAUACCACAUCAGGAAACCAAGGAUAA